AUGGCUCCUGACCGACCUUCCCCCGACGGCGUGACGCCCUGGAAUCCAUUCGACCUGGGCGACCGGUCGAAUUUCCGCUACGAGCAUAUUGACGGACCGGACGAGGCUGAGCACGACCAGGAGCACGAUCACAGCCGCGGUGUUGGGCUGGGCAUCUCCAACAGCCAACACCAACAACAACACUCGCGCGCGCCGAGUUAUAACACAACGCACACUCUCGACACCCUCAGUCCUCCUGAGCCGUCCUCUGCGCGUUUCGCUCACUCCGAAACGACGCUCCUGAGCGACCAGCCACACGUGAAGUGCCCAACGAAGAAAACCAUCGUCCAUCGUCGCCUGUCGUGGGUGCCGGCCACCAUCCUCGUGCUCGCCUUCUACUCCACCCUCCUCUCCGGUCUAUACCUUGUCGUCGCAUUCUUGAAACCGCGGUAUGGGAAAUUCAUCGGGACGGACGGGCGACUGGCCGCGUCGACGGCGAGUCUGCUCAGUACGCUCUUUGCGAAGACCAUCGAGCUGGCCUAUGUGACUGUCUGUGUGGCGUUUCUGGGACAGGUCUUGACGCGUCGCGCUCUGACCAAGGGGUCUCGUGGGAUUUCGAUAUCCGAUAUGAGUAUGCGCACUUGGAUUAUGCAGCCUGGUUCGUUGAUUGUGCAUUGGGAGAGUCUGAGAUACUCUGGGUGGACUAUUCUGGGGGCGAUCACGUUGACCGCGACGCUGGUUGCGAUGCUGUAUACCACGGCUGCGGAGGCUUUGGUAACCCCCAAGUUGAAAUGGGGAUCGGUGCACGACCACAGGCUCGUCGGAGAUGUGUACACCUCCUUCGCCAACACCCGGUUCCUCACUGCGAACUGCGAGACGCCAAUUCCCCUCCAGGAUGACCCAGAUGAACGAAAUAAUACCUGUCUGAACAUGCAGCAUGCCGGGCAGGCGUACCACAAUUACCAGGCUUUCCUGCAUGACUGGACGCUUGUCAGCGAGGGGGUGAAACCUAGCUCGACGGAGCUCGAUGAACGACCUCGUCCGACUGCCUCCGUGCAUGAUAAUACCACCGUCGAAGGGAGCUGGAUCGACAAGGAAGAUAUGGCGGCGUUAUCGAAAAAGUACGGUCGCAUCGUGCACAACAUCACCGCUGCGAUGCCGCACGGGGGCAUCAUUGGAGCGGCAAACCACCCAGACAACGACAUCAUCCAGCCCAAGGAUCAAUCCGGAGAAGGCAUGUACGAGCUGGAAGCAUCAGUCCCAUCGCCUGCAGUCAAUGUCCUCUGCGCCGCAAUGACUGCGUCUGAGCUGAAACCAAUUGUCUAUAAAGAGUGGCCGCACCACAAGCAAUUCAACCCAGUCAACUGGACGACGGACGUGCCCGACGACGUGCCCGAUCCCAAGCACUGGCGCAAUCGCACCGUCGUCGACGACCUCUUCGGCUUCGGACCAGACUAUCCAGACCAGUACGCGCCCAUCUUCGGCAAACUGCCCAAACCCUCCAACACCAUCCUCAACGUCACCUCGGCCUACACCAACGGCGCCAUCUUCUUCCUCGGCGCGAACCCCGAGACCUUCAACCCAGGCUACAUGCUCUGCAGACUCAAAGCCAAGCAAACCCCCAAGUGCUCCACCCGCUACAAAGCCACAGCCAGCGGCUCCCACCUCUGGACGAUCUGCGAGGAAGACCACGACCUGCAAUACAACGUCCGCGUCCCCGACGCCGCCGACGGCAUCUGGGCAAACGACUGGAUGUACAUCGCCUCGGAAUGGAGUUUCACCGUCUCCCUCAACGCCGGAAUCACAGACGGCGCCUCCGCAAACGCACGCCUGCUCAUGCAGUUCUCACCCAAGACGCCCGAGCUCAACCCCUCCCUCCCUUCACUUAGUGAAGCCCUCGCGGUUUUGGUCGGGAACACCCUCCUCAUGAGCUCCACCAACGCCCCCUUCGUCCCGUUCUGGAACUACACCGACGCCCCGGACAAUAUCCUCGCGCAGCCCGCGAAACAGGCCUUCAACGCGACCCUGCGGUCGAAUGAGUAUGCCUCCGGCGGCACGCAGCGCUGGCAGGGCGUGUUCUACCCGAUUCUGCUCUUCGCGUUCUUCACCUCUGCGCUGUGUCUGGCGUUUAUGUUGCUUGAAGUGCGCGGCCGUCAGAUUACGGAUUUCACGGAGCCCCAGAAUCUGUUUGCACUCGCGAUGAAUAGCCCUAGUACUGAGAAACUGCAGGGUGCUUGUGGCGCGGGCCCCGAUGGGAGACAACUUGGUGAACGCUGGUUUGUGGCGAUGGAGGAGGAGGAUGAGCAUUAUUAUAUCCGGACCCAGGCGGAUGCGCGGGCGGAUUUGAAUACGCCUAGGGUGUCGAUUGCGCCGCCUAGGGCUGGGUUGGUGCAGAUGGAUCUUGAUGACAGGCUGGGUCGUGAGCAGGAUGCGUCGCCGAGGCCGACGCUUAGUCCUGCGUUGAGUGAGUAUCAGCGGCUGUCUUCGCGGAAGAGCUGGCUGUCUGGGUUUUAUUAG